AUGGCUUCCGCAGAGAGAGGAGAGGUCGUCCGCCACCUCAGCGGGCCCUUCCUCCUACCCUUUCAUCGUGCCAUCAUUGCCUCUCUCAUCCCUAAAGACUCCGCCGACUUCGCACAAGGGGAAGGCGGUGCGGCAAAUGGUGAUCGAAGAGUCGAGAAUGAAGAAGACGAUGAGGAAGAAGAUGACGGAAAUUCGCUCGUCAUCCUUGCAAAAGGCCUCGGCAUGCGCCGCAUCAUCUCCACCAUUCUGAAGAUCUAUGAUGCCCCAACCAAUCUGAUCGUCGUGAUUAACGCCACCUCGGAGGAGGAGGAAGGAAUCGGUGAAGAGCUGACUACGCUUGGCGUCCGCCGACCAGGGCUGCGAGUUAUUACGCAUGAGAUGACCGCGCAGAAACGCCAGGAGCUCUAUAUGGCCGGCGGCCUGCUUUCCGUUACUUCAAGGAUCCUCGUAGUCGACAUGCUUCUCAAACGCAUACCUACCGAACUUAUCACCGGAAUGGUCGUGCUCCAUGCGGAAAAUGUUACUCCGACGAGUGUCGAGGCGUUUAUCGUUCGUAUCUUUAGGGAGAAAAACGAAGAUGGCUUCUUGAAAGCAUUUUCGGACAAUCCCGAACAUUUUGCUCAUGGGUUCACGCCACUCCAGACGGUCAUGGGUCAGCUGCAGAUCCGUCAAGUGGAUAUCUGGCCAAGAUUUCACAAGAUCGUACAGAAAAGUCUCGGUGCUCAGAGAGCAGAUGUUGUGGAACUCCAUCAGGAGCUCAGUCGGAGUAUGUUGAAUAUUCAGACUUCGAUCAUUGAGUGUCUUGAAGCGACGAUCUGCGAGUUGAAACGAACGAGCGUAGGUGUGGAUACGGUCGAGUACACGGUCGAGAAUGCGAUCUUUCAUGUCUUUGAUGCCGUUGUGCGCCGACAACUUGAUCCUGUCUGGCACCGAGUCAGCCCCAAGACAAAGCAACUUGUCUCUGAUCUGAGUACUUUACGGCAACUUCUCACCUAUCUGAUCCAAUAUGAUGCCGUUACCUUCUACUCCUUUCUUGAAACGAUCCUCGCGGCCAACACGAGCCCAGCCUCAGCCACUGGUACGGUGCGACAGAAUCAAAGUCCGUGGCUCCUGAUGGACGCUGCGAAUACUAUCUUCUCCGAGGCUAGGCGCCGUGUCUAUAUUGGCGAAAUCGCCAAACCAGGCCCUGCUCAAGGGAAAGAAAACAUGGCAGCAGUAGCACCCGAUGUAAUCGAUGAUGAUGAAGAUGAAGCAUUACUACAGAGCGAGGCGUUUAGCGACAAAAUAACGGGGAAUAGCGAUGGCUUGAACAGCGCUGCAGCUCUCGCUAGGGCCAGCAGAACAUACUCGUGGCUGCCAGAUGGCAUUGACCUUGUGCUGGAGGAACUCCCGAAGUGGAAGCUCCUGCGGGACGUGAUGCGCGAGAUUGAAGAAGAGAUCCAAGCGCAGGAGCAUUUGCAGGACGCUUGGACGAACAACACAAUCCUCGUCAUGACUUCUUCCGCACGAACGUGCUCUCAGGUCCGCGAACUGCUAGCAACAAUGCAGGAAGGCAGGGGGAUACAAAUCAAUGGCGGGAAGGGAGAGGAGGGCGAAUCGGACCAACGGCCAGGUCAGCGCAUGAUGCGCCGCAUGCUGCGCCACUAUUUCAUGUGGAAGCGAGCACUCGGAGGCAUGCACGGCAAGGGCUUAUGGUCAAAGAACAAUGGGGCCAGCGGCACCGGCAAUGCUCUGAAUGAUUGGAAUGGUCAGGCGGACACUUCGACCUCUACAUCAGCUUCAACUUUGGGCGCGGAGGGCAGGGCCAGCUCCAGUGAGCACCUGAGCGAAGCGCUCAAGCGCAAGCAGGCAUUCCGUGGCCAGCCGCCGCCGGGCAAGAGGCGCAGGAUGAGAGGCGGGUCUGCCACGGCCUCUGCUUCAGGCGGGCGCAAGCAGGCGGCAGCGAACAGCGGAGAGGCCAUGUAUGAGGAGGCUAGCGACAUUGCUGCUUUCAUGCGACGAGCGGUCAAACAAGCGAACGCUGACCUCGAUAAUCCAGAUGACGCCGGACAGGAAGAGGAGGGAAGCGGCGUCAACGACCUCAGUGUGUCCACCGAAACGCUUAGCGAACUUAACUUCGACAUUUUCUUUGGCUUACUCAGCAUGCAAAACCUGGUGGUCGUCAGAACGUACCGCGAUGACGAGGAUGACAAGGUCCUGCAAGAGCUCAAGCCUCGUUUCAUCGUCAUGUAUGAUACGCAGCCUGCCUUUAUUCGAAGGAUCGAAGUCUAUCGCCGCAGCAACCCUGGCUUCGGCGUCAGACUCUAUUUCAUGAUGUAUGCCGAGUCUUUCGAGGAGCAACGGUAUCUCAGCAGCAUUCGAAGGGAAAAGGAGUCUUUCGAGAAGCUGAUCAGGGAGAAAUCGUCCAUGGUGCUGCCUCUGCGCGCUGAUGGUCGACCCGCGGAACAAAGUGCCGAUGACCGAUUGCUGCGCACAAUCAACUCGCGCAUUGCUGGUGGUCAGCGCACCGCGACAUCCGAGCGACCGCGUAUCAUCGUCGACAUGCGAGAGUUUCGUUCAAGUCUACCUUCCAUGCUACAUGCAGCAGGUAUCGAUGUAGUUCCCUGCACUCUUCAAGUCGGGGAUUACAUUUUGACGCCAGAUAUUUGUGUGGAGAGGAAGAGUCUGACGGACUUGGCACAGAGUUUCAGCUCUGGCAGACUAUACACACAGUGCGAGCUCAUGUCCAUUCAUUACAAGCACCCCAUGCUGCUCAUCGAAUUCGACCAAGAUAAGAGCUUUUCGCUACGAUCUGUCAAUGAUGCACAGGGAAAAGCGCGCACAUUCAAGGAGAGCGCAAAUCGCUCAGAGCUUGACAUACAGUCAAAGCUCGUACUUCUCACCACCACUUUUCCCCGUCUCCGCAUCGUCUGGUCUUCUUCCCCUUACGCCACGGCCGACAUCUUUGAAGACAUCAAGCAAAAUUUUGAGGAGCCCGAUGUCGCCAAAGUUGCCGGUAUCGGCUUGGAAGAUGAUCAUGGCCCGCAAGGAUCGACCGAAAUUGUUGCAGGCUCGUCCGUCGUAAGUUUCAAUACAACCAACGAGCACUCGUUCAACCUCACGCCUCAAGACCUUCUGCGUGCCAUGCCAGGCAUCAACACCCGAAAUUACCGAUACAUCAUGAACCAGGUGCGGGAUAUUGCCGAGCUGUGCGACCUCACCCAGGAGGAGCUGCAAGAGCUUUUAGGUAUCGAGGCAGGUCGCAAGCUGUUUAAGUUCAUCAACAAAGACGCUCGCAAGGAAGGGCUCCAAACGUGA